AUGAGAGAAGUCAUCAGCUUGAACGUUGGCCAGGCUGGCUGUCAAAUUGCCAACUCAUGCUGGGAGCUGUACUGCCUCGAGCAUGGAAUCCAACCCGAUGGAUACCUUACCGAAGAACGCAAAGCCGCUGAUCCAGACCAAGGCUUCAGCACCUUUUUCUCCGAGACGGGCAACGGCAAAUAUGUCCCCCGAACCAUCUACUGUGACCUUGAACCCAACGUCGUCGACGAGGUUCGGACCGGCGCCUAUCGCAGUCUUUUCCACCCUGAGCAGAUGAUCACUGGGAAAGAGGAUGCUUCAAACAACUAUGCCCGAGGACACUACACUGUCGGCAAGGAGUUGAUCGAUCAAGUGCUGGACAAAGUUCGCCGUGUGGCCGAUAACUGCAGUGGCCUUCAGGGUUUUCUCGUGUUCCAUUCGUUCGGCGGUGGUACCGGCUCCGGGUUCGGUGCCUUGCUUAUGGAACGUCUCUCGGUUGACUAUGGCAAAAAGUGCAAGUUGGAGUUCUGCGUCUAUCCAGCUCCUCAAGUCGCCACCUCCGUGGUCGAGCCAUACAAUUCGAUCCUCACGACGCACACAACUCUCGAGCAUUCUGAUUGCAGUUUCAUGGUAGACAAUGAAGCCAUCUACGACAUUUGCAGACGCAAUCUAGGAAUCGAGCGACCCAACUACGAAAAUCUGAACAGACUGAUCGCCCAAGUUGUGUCCUCCAUCACUGCUUCCCUCCGAUUUGACGGGUCCCUGAACGUUGAUCUCGCCGAGUUCCAGACCAACCUUGUGCCAUACCCACGCAUCCAUUUCCCUCUCGUUGCCUAUGCACCCGUUGUUUCGGCGGCAAAGGCGCAGCAUGAGGCUCACUCGGUGCAAGAGAUCUCGAUGUCUUGCUUUGAACCGAACAACCAGAUGGUCAAAUGCGACCCACGCAACGGCAAAUACAUGGCCACUUGCUUACUCUACCGCGGAGAUGUUGUUCCCAAGGACGUGCACCAGGCUGUCGCUACUCUGAAGACCAAGCGUACAAUUCAAUUCGUGGACUGGUGCCCGACUGGCUUCAAGAUUGGUAUCUGCUACCAGCCUCCUCAGAUGGUUCCCAACGGUGAUCUUGCCAAGGUUAAUCGCGCAGUGUGCAUGCUCUCCAACACCACUGCCAUCGCCGAAGCGUGGUCUGCCCUGUCUCACAAGUUCGAUUUGAUGUACUCGAAGCGCGCCUUCGUCCACUGGUACGUUGGUGAGGGUAUGGAAGAAGGCGAGUUCUCUGAAGCCCGCGAAGAUCUGGCAGCAUUGGAGAGAGAUUACGAGGAAGUGGCCAGCGACUCCAUUGAGGAGGGCGAUGAGGGAGAGAUGGAGCACUAG